AUGGACGACAAGUUCAAUUGGAGAUCCUUUGUCAACUGGGCCUGGUUGGGAAUAAACCAGACGCCACCGGUCACGCCAAACCAGACCGCCACGGCUCUACCCUCUCCGGCGGCCAAAGACCCGCAUGGCGCCUCCUUGUCGACCUCGCAGAAAAGCCGCACAAGUCAUUCACCAAUCAGCUCUACAGUCAGCCUUACUGGCCCGGUACACGAUAAAGAACUUCCUGCAGACUCGAACGUUACGGCGCCUAUACCGAUAGAAGUUGACCCGAAACUCAUGGUUCUUACUCAUCCCUGCCCCGCUUCAAGCGUCGAUCCAAGGCUACUCACACUCGAUGGGAAGGAAGUAGACGGAUGCAUCCCGAAUCUGGGAAACGGUGCUCCUUCCAAGGCCUCGGAACUACUCGAGUGGCUCUAUAUCAACUAUGGGAAGAAUCAAGUGCUCCCGGCUCCAUCCGCAUUCGGUCCGUUUAUCAAACAAGCUUCAGCUUCUCCGAAGGAUGUGUCGCCUUCUGGCUCCCGGGACGCCCGCUCAGGAAAUGAUCACGCCCAGCCGUCCGACUUACCGUUGCCCGAGACGGUGAACGCGACACCUCAGCCACAUACUUCGCAUCCACCUGCGUCGCACCUAUCGACUGCUUAUCAACCCGCGUCGUCUUUCGGCAGACAUGCCGCCCUUCCUGGCGUUGCUCGCCCCCAGUUCGAUGCUUCGCAGCCGCAUAUAAAUCCGCGUACUCCCCAGCAACCGGUGAUUUGGAGGUACCCGCACGCGCAGGCACUCCUCGUUGAACCCGUUUACGCUCAGCAGCAUGUUAUGCUGCCUCACGCUCAGGUUACCCGCUCUGGCGAUACCCGCGUUCAGGCGCGCAGCGUGCAGCCGUCCGUUGCUCACCAGCCCACCAUCCAGCAGCUGCUCUGGACCCAAUACGUUCAAGCCGUCCAAGAGGGUCGAAUUCGUAUCCAGCAACAUACCCUACAGCCCUCUCCGGCUGCCCUCCAGCAGCCAACGCUUCACGAUGACGCACAGUCCGUCCGGGCUGCAAUGGUUCGAGCCCAGCAGCAAGCCCGUACGCCACCUGCGGCUCAGCAUCAAGCUGCCACCCCCGAACACUCGCACGGUCAGGCCGUUCGCACCGCUCAUGUACGCGGUCAGGCAAGACACGGUGCAACGCCGUACGAUCGUCCCGCGGCUGUUCCUGCGCAAAGAUCGAGCCUUGACUCGAGGCUGAACAUCCUAUGCCGCCCAGCCGUUAACCUUGCCACUCGCCCGUCUGCGGAGGCACAUGCUCAGUACCUGCAGAUAUACCGUCAACCUCCACCACCGUAUACCGAUCAAUAUCAGGCGCCUUCCUACUCCGAGCAUACACAGCCCCAGCCGCAACCCAUAUCACGGCAGCCGAUCCCCAUACAGCUUCCGAAUCAUCACCCUCCCCAAAAUCCGCAUGUGAUCCAGCAACAACAAAACGCGGCACUUCAGCGGUUCAUGAGGACGUACCCUGACGAGUUCACGAACCCGCGGCAGUUGAUGAUGCUCGCUCCGGAAGAUUCACACUUGCAGCACGCAGUGUUUCAGCAGUACCAGCGUCUGCCUCAGUCGUCGACCGAUGACGCUGACGAUGAAUCCUCGUGCUCGAUCGUGCCGGCUUCGGACCAGCCUGCACAUUUUAUACCGACACCUCCUCCGUCUGAUCGGUCCACGAACUCUUCGUCUCCUGAGCCGGGCCCUUUGCGCACGCGGAAGCAGAAGAAGAUUCGCAACGCGGCCGCGCCGUACGCGAAGGCGAAGGCUGCCCGUAAUAAAUUGCAAUCGGGCAGCGAAAAGCCGAAAUGCAUGGGAGCCAGGCGGAAGGCUGUGGUGCUCAGGGGACCAUGCACAUGGGACAAUUGCGAGACUGCCAACGGUGACAAUCCCAUCACCUUCACGCGGAGCGAAGCGCUCGCACACGUCAGGAAGUGCCACAUCCCAAAGAGGGACGGGGACGCCAACUAUCUAUGCGCGUGUAAGCAUGAUGCCAGCUUUGUGACGGGCCGGCAGACGAUGGUUCGACACUACGUCGCGUGUCACAUGGGUAUCGGGGCCUCCUGCGCGGCGACUGGCAAUAUUUCAUCCCGAUCGGACUCAGCACAUCGCUCGGCCAAGACAAAGAGGGCUCGGGAGGCGAAACAAGCGGAAAUCCAGUGGCCUGCCGACUCCAACGACGCAGAGGACGAGGACGAGAUGUAG